CUUGAGACGUGGAAUACUGGAUGCAUUUUCAUCAUCUUGGGCAGUUGGAGUUUGAAGGCUACAGAGACUGAUCCGUUGGAUGGGCCAACAUAUCGGUUUAAUAUCAAAUAAAAUAUUUAUUGACAUUCUUCUUGACUUGAUUACUUUGAACCUUGGAACAAACAGCCUUCCUGAUGUAUGGAUGCGCCUCACAGUUUCAGAUUUACAAAAUCUGGCAACUACAUUAAUGGUGAACUCAGAACUUAUUGAUUGGCGCAGAUUCUUAUUAACAGCAGCUCAACCAUGGCCAGUUCCCUCUGUGAUACAGCUCCUUAAUACCCUGCACAGCUUUAAGGCUGUUGAUGAAGCUGGAUCAGGCUUUGUUACACAGGAAUACUAUAAUCAGGUUGGUUUAUGGUUUAAAGGCAGUGAAGAUUUUAAAAUGCCAGAAAAUCCUACAGAGCCUUUGCCUUUUAAUAGACAGGAGCAUCUUAUAAUGUUUUUCUUUAUUUUAUUUGCGGAUGCCAGAAAAGAUCCCUCACAACUUGACUACACUAAGAUGCUGCUUUAUUUUGCUUCACAUCCUGAUGCUGUUGAGGGAGUGUACCGAGCGCUUAGUGUUGCUACGGGAACAUACAUCCGAAGAAGAAAAGAAGUUUCUCCUCCACAUGUGUCUCUUUCCCACACUGAUAUGCUGAUAAAGAAGGAACCUUUGGUGGAAGAAGAAGAAAUCUUAUAUUGCACAGAUGAGGGAAGAAUUUCUAUGGCAACUCUACAAAGAGUUUUCCAUCAUGAAGGAAGUAAAGCUGGUGACAACCAUAGAUUCAGUAGUCAGCAGAAGGCAGGCAGUAAUAAUAAGCAUUUCAGAAAAAUAUACGAGGAACUGGGGUCUGAGGAUCUGAAACCCAUUCCGGUUACCAUUCUUUUGAAGCAUCCUUUCAUUCAGGACUUGAUUAACAACUACCAGGGAUACAAACUUCCUAGCGGAUACAGGAGCCGCCUCACGGAACAAUGUGAUGCCAUGCAAGCAGCCCUGCUGGAAGACAUUGAGUGGAGCAAUUCACAUUUACUGGUGACAGUCAUGCAUCACCUUGACAUGGUUGAGCACCAUUUCUGCAUCCAGGAAACAAGCACUGACUGGUGGGACAGCAUCAUUAUGCAGCUAUGGGAUGAUGAGCAGUGGCUACAGAAC